CUCAACAUUUCUCCAAUUCGUCCCAAACAACAAUGCUCACAAAGGAAAAUGUCCUCAAUUCAUUAAAAACUCGUGUUCCUGAAAUAUUUAUGGAAGCUCAAAAACCGAAUGCCGUGCUACGAAAGUACUCCAUCAACUUGACAGAACUUCAGUUUCCGUGCUGUUUAAAGUCACCUGCAAAAAAAGGGGAACCUCAGGAUAUUGAUUAUGAAGGAGAAGCGAUAUUUACAAAAGAAGUUUUACGAAAUAUAAACAAAGUACUGUCUAUUAAAAAGAAGGAACCUCAUGCAGACAGAAUUGUGCGAUUCAUUGCAAGCUUUUUACAAUAUAUGCAAGAAUUUGACAACAAUUUGAGAGCUGAUGAACCUGAACCACAAACAUCUGUUACAGAGAAAGAAGAAUCAGAGUCUACUCGAGACGAAUCAGACGAAUCAGAUCAAAGCGACAUUGACAGAUCAAAAGAACCAACCAUUGUGAUUGAAUCGCUAAGCAAUAGCGAGGGGGAAGAAGAUCAAGAGGAAGGAUAUGAGACUGUGGGUUCUCGAUUUGUAGAAAUCUUGUUGAGACAUUUGCUACGAGGAUUUACGGCCAAGCGUUCUUCUGUUCGUCUUCGAUGUUGUCAGAUUGUUGCACUAAGCAUCAGCUCAAUGGGAGAAAUAGAUGAGGAUCUUUAUCAAGACCUGAAGGCAGCAUUGUUUGAGAGGAUCAAAGAUAGGGAAGCUCAAGUAAGAAUACAAGCAGUUACUGCUUUAUGUAGACUUCAAGGUGCAGACAUUGACAUUGAUCCAGCCGAUGGAAAGACUAUUCUUCAAAAACUCAUGUGGAUAUUACAACAUGACUCAAGCGCAGAAUUACGUCGAGUGAUCCUGUUCAACAUAGAUCCUAAUCAAGAAACACUACCUUUUAUUGUCGAACGAGCUAGAGAUUUGGACCCAAUCAACAGAAGAGUCGUUUAUCUGAAGCCCUUAUCAGAAAUAAGAGAUUUUAGAUUACUGACUUCCGAGCAAAGAAAUAAUGUGUUGAAAUGGGGUCUAAAUGAUAGAGAUCCACUUGUUCGAAAAGCUGUGGCCAAGAUGCUAUCAACAAAAUGGAUCCAACAAGCGAAUAACAACUUAAUUGAAUUUUUAGAACGACUUGAAAUAAUGAAUCCUGGUAUAGCUGAUAUUGCAGAGAGCGUAUUGAACGCAUUUUUUACGGAAAGAAUGGAUAUCAUUAAUGAAAUUACAUUUGAUGCCGAGUUUUGGAAGCAUCUUACACCAGAAAGCGCCUUUUUAGCAAAAGUGUUCAUAAAAUUUCUACAAGCCAACAAUAUGGAUGAGCGACUGGACGAAGUAUUACCGGAGGUGAUAACUCAUGCAGCCAAUUUGAGCUAUUAUACAGACAUGUAUCACGCUACCAGCUUAGAAGACAAGCCAGAAUACGAGUUUAUUAUAUCACAACUUUUAGAAACUUGUAUGAGUCUUGAUUAUGCGGAUGAAGUAGGAAGAAGAAAAGUUUUUGAAUUACUCAGAAGUAUCAUGGUAUCCAACGAAGUGAUUGACGAUCAUUUGACGAGAAUCGUUCGACUCUUUAGGGUUGUCUCUUCGGAUGAACGAGAUUUCACACGAACUAUGAUUGAAAUUAUUUCUGAUAUACAAGAACAACUUAACCCGUUUGAUGUAUUAGACGAGUCGCCUUUAAAGAAAUCGCGUUUGGAUAGUGAACCUUCUUCACAGAGAAGCACGCCACUAGCAGAAUCAAAUGAUACCCAUAUUAGGCUCAAAUGCCUUGCUAUAUGUAAAAAUAUGUUGGAGAAUAGCCAAGAAUCAUUUACUAAAAAUUCAAACUUGUAUGGUCUCCUGAACGACCUAAUUGUUCCCGCAGUUCAAAAUCCAGAUACACAGCUGAGAGAGGUUGGCCUGCACUGCUUGGGAUUAUGCUGCACAUUAGAUCGAGAACUUGCUCAGCACAAUACGGCACUAUUUAUUCACUGUAUCAAAUGCGGACAUGAUGAAUUAAAGAUAAAAGCACUCAUGAUCCUUUUCGAUUUAUUGAUGACAUAUGGAUUUCAAGCAGUGACAGAACACCUGAAUAAUGCUGAUGAAAUUAAAGAAGUUCUCGAAUAUUGUUUGGACGACAAUAAUGAUGAAGUACAAGCUCUUGCAGCUGAAGGCAUAGCAAAGCUUAUGCUUACAAAGCGACUGAAUGAUGAAAAUCUCCUUCGUCUUUUGGUUCUUUUAUAUUUCCUUCCAACUAUAGAUCAACCCAAUAUAAAAGUCCAACAAUGUCUGUCAUACUUUUUCCCAGCCUAUAGUUUUUCAUCCCCUGAAAAUCAAAAAACGAUGGCUAAUAUCACCAUAUCUGCAUUAACAGAAGUCUGCAACAUGCAUGAAGACCUUAAACCAUACGAAACAAUGAUUAACCCAAUUCAAAUAUCUGACAUGCUUGCUGACUGGGUAGAUCCACGUAAACUUGCAAAACUGCAUAUUGAAAACUUGUACGACAAUGAAACAGAUAUGAGCACACCUGGUGAAUUGGCAGUUGAUGCUUUAGAGAUAGCAUUCAAAGCAACAGGACACAAGCGAAAAACACUGUUGCAUUUUGUGUUAAAACUUUAUCUUGACAAAGCGAAAAAGGAAGAACUUCAGAAAAUCCGAAAUAUCAUUGAAAAGAUUAAUACGGUAAUUGAAAAUCAUGUAUACGAUCCAACAUAAAACUAACUUGAGAUAUAGGAGCAACCUAUAAAGGAAGCAAUGACCCGUAACGCAUAUGUUAAGCUGUUAAAGAAAGUGAAUGAACUAAUAGAAGAAGAUAAUGAGAUCAAUGGGAACUAAUAAUAGUAUAUAUCUGCCCUCGCUCUACUACCCUUACGACUUAUAAAUCUUUGUCUUUGUAUUUGUAUUAUAUGACUUUUACAUUUUGAAUGGUGUGAAAGAACUCUAAACCAACUUGAUAAUAAUAAUAAUAAUAAAAGGAGGAAUACAGGU